AUGCACGGGUUGAAGCGAACCUUUUUGAUCAGAACAGUCGUCCGCAGCAAAGCGACGACAGCUUCGGCCGACGUGCCACAGCCCUCUUCCGCCGCCGCCGCCGACGUGGAAGCCGUAGCCAAAAAAGAAGAAAAAGUGGCGAACGCGUCGACCGUCUACAGGCCGCCGUAUUAUCGGAAACCGCACCAACAUCACGAAGCACAGCACAUUCUCCAGGAGGAGUUUGUGAACGCGGGCGAUGCUUCUGGCGCCGGCGUCCGACUGUUCGACUACUACAAAACGGCGGAGAUGGUCAACUCGAUGCCGACGAUCAAAGAGAAGAUCGAUGUGGUGUCGCCGUACGAGCGGCCGUGGACACGUGCCGAGAAGACGUGGCGACGGGACUGGCAUCCGUCUCUGAUGGCCACUCGCAAAGCGUGGGGAAUUCCGCCCACGCCUGCACACUUUGACACCCUGGAUUACUAUAAAUAUCUGACAAAGAUGAGGGUGGAGAAUCAGUCGUUGGACGAAUUCUAUCACGGAUUGAGACCGCCGACCGCUGAUCUGGAUAAACAUUUCACAAACACACUGAGAUCCAUGAAGUUUGAGAAUGGUCUCCAAUUCGACGACGAUCAGACUCAAAAGCUGUUGGGCAGUCUGUUGGACGACGCGAUGGGUGCGAUUGCUCACAACGUGGCCAGAUUGUCGGAGCAUCGUGUCGCGUAUGACGUGGAAAGCGAGGCAUUCUGGGUACGAAGUGGCUUCAUGUUUCUGUACGACGAAGAGGAGGUCGGAACGCGCGAUGUGAAGCGACGACUCAACAACUUUCCCAAAUUUAUCGGGGACGACAGAAGAAAACUGGGCGAGCUGGCGUUUGUGCAUCGCGAUAAACUGGCCGCCCAAGUUAGAUCGAAAGAACCGCCGGCACCACUUCACUCGUUGGAUUCGGAAGACGCAAAACUUCCGAUAUUCGACAAGAGCAACAAUUUGGAGGAGACCCUCUACUCGCCGAAGGUCUACAAUCUGUGGCCGGAUCAGCAGCCGCUCUGGCAGUGUCCCGGAUAUCAUGCGGAUUCCGGAGAGACGCACACUUACGGAGUGCUCGCAGUGAAAUCGCUGCGACCGCUCCGAGAACGUGUCGCCCAUUGGCUGGGAUGGGAGAAGGCGGAUGAGCUGGAGAUCAGCGAGGAAGCCAGUGAGUUUGAUAAAUCAGAAAGCUCACGUUUCCCACGUUUUUGCAGAACAAAUGCUCGACGACGGAGCCCGCUCUCAGGCUAUAAUUAGCAUGUUCAGCUCGUUGUGCGCGCAGGCUCACACGCACGGCUUCACUCAGUUCACGGAUGUGACGCGCCCGUUCUCUUCGCAAAUGAUCCUCUCCGACGGCAUUAACUUCUAUUUCGCCGUCGGCCAACUGAACACGCUGGCGAUCAAUGUGGAGUGCGAUGGAUUCGUGAAUCCGCGAACCAACUAUAUUCGCAUCGACGGACCACACCGACUCUUCGAACUUUUCGACGACGGAGAGUACCUGAGCAUCGAGGAGGAGAAGAAUUUGGAGACAAAGAUCGAUGUGAGCAAUAUUUUAAAAUUCUGGAAAAAAUUUGAAAAUGUUUCAGAAAAAAGUGAAGGUCGGACUGAACGAGAAGGUGCUCGAGCGAGUGCUGCAGAUGCUCAUGAAACAGUAG